AUGAUUCGUAAGAAUGUAGCUAUCAUUGGAGCUGGGCCUGUAGGACUUGCAGCAAGUAUGUACAUGGAAAAAUUUGGAUUUAAUUAUGCUUUGAUUGAGAGAAAUUAGUCUUUUAUCAGUCAUCCAGCAGCUCAUUUAUUAAAUUUGAGAUCUAUGGAGACCCUUAGUGAAAUAAAAUGUAAGCAAGACUAGAAUAAAUUACAUGAACUCAUUUACUAAAAAUGUGAGGAUAUUAAUUAUUUUAGAUAUUACCGCUACUAAAGAAGACUAUUUGAUUCAAGAGAACCAUUUUAUGUAGACGAUCACUUCUAUCCUAAUCCAAAAUAAAAGCAAGAAGAAAUCUUGCGUGAACAUGCAUUUGCUUAGUAUGUCCACUUACCAUAGCCUCACUUUGUUAGUAUUUUAAAAGAUAACAUAAAAUAAAAAGAAAAUAUCUACUUAGGACAUACAGUUCUUAAUUUCAAAAAUGAUAAAGAUUCAGUUAAAAUAUCUCUAAAGGAUCAUGAAGGCAAUUUAAAAUAAAUAGAAGCAGAUUACUUAAUUGCAUGUGAUGGUAAACACUCUUAUGUAAGAAACUCUUUAGGAAUUGGGUUGGUAGGAAAUCCAUAUCUAUAGAGCUUUUUCAAUAUAUAUUUUCAUUCUAAACAAUUAGCUUAGACCCUGAAUGAAAGAAAUGAAAAUGCCAUGCUCCAUUUCAUUUACAAUAAUUAAGUUAUAGCUUGUCUAGUUAAUCAUUCUAAAAAGGAAGGAAUGUUUGUACUCCAAGUACCUACUUGCCCUCCUUACGAUGAUGUAUCCACCCUCGAUAAGCUUCAAAAAGAAAAAAUUGCAUAUGAAAUGAUAUAAAAUUUGAUUGAUCCCUCUAUGAGAGAUUAAAUCAAUGAUAUUGAUAUUAAAACUACAGGAAUGUGGAAGCUUUCAUCAGAAGUUAUUGAAAAAUAUUAUUAAAACAGAGUAAUUUUUGCUGGUGACUCUGCACACGCUUUCCCACCUGCUGGAGGUUUUGGCAUGAACACAGGUUUACAGGAAGUUCACAAUUUAGCACAUAAAUUGAAACAAAUUUAUAAAUAUCCAGAACACUAAGAAAAAAUAUUGUAAACAUACCAUGAUGAGAGAAAAUAAUUCGUAACUGAAAUAUUGAAUACAGCAAAUAAAUAUUACAAAGUUUCGUUAGAUAUUGCUAAAAUUAUAGGGUUAAACGUAGAAAAUUAUUUUACCUUUAAGAAAACACUUGAUGUAGCAUCACCAUUCUUGCCAAAAAAUUUAUAGUAAUUCAUAUGGAAGACGGGAAUAAAAAUUGGAAGCUACCCAGCUGAAAUCUCUAACCCAGCUAAAAUUAGUAAAUAAUUGGAAGGUAAUACAGUCCCUCUAAUCUUUUAUAAGGAAGAUACUGAAUUUAAGUAUGAUAAGGGAUUUAUAAGCUCUAUUAAAACAAAUCAAGAUGAUAAAUCUUUAUCUGGUCUACUUUUACCUCAUAUAAUGAUUAACUUCAAGGAUAGAUAAAUAGCUUUGCGUUAGUUAGCAAACUAUUUCUAUGAAAAUGAAUCUGAAAGAGAAAUAGUUUACACUGAUAAAAGCAGAUAAUCUCAAAAUAAAAAUUUAAUUAUGGUAGCACUUUAUAAAAAAGGCUUUUAAAAGGAAAAGUUAUAAAACUUUAUUGAAAAUUUAGAUGAACUUUUUGUAAAACCAGAUAUAAUUGUAGGUUGUGAAGCUUCUACUAAUAGUUUUUAUGAAGAAAAAUUAGAUAAUCUCCUUAAAAAUGAUAAGCAGGUCAUACUUAUAAGAAGUGAUUCUAUAAUAUUUGGUAGAUAUGAAAUAUGA